AACAGCGUGACGAGUUUCCUCCGCAAAUAUGGGUCAAAAUCGUCUGGGUGAAACAAAUUGUUGCAUAGGCCAGGUAAAAUGGCACUAAGCGCUGCAAUUUUUCUAUUUUCCAUAUUUGUUGCAUUUUUGGUUUAUCGGCUGUUAUUUAGGGAAAAUAUUAAUUGGAGUAAAAUAUUUUUCAGAACAGGACCAGCAGGUACUGACUUGAUUGGUGGAUCAUGCGUCCCUAUUAAAAUUGGGAGAAAAUUGUCCAAAUUUCGUAAUACAAGCCUGUAUAAAGCUGCUUUAAAAGCUUUAAAUUUGGAAGAACAUGAAGCUAUUCACUGUGAAAAUAUUGGGGACAAUUUCAAUUAUUUUUGUGACUUAUCAGAUGCAAUAAAAAUGGCUGGAUUAGAGUCAAGCAAUGUUAUUAUUGGUGUUGAUUUCACUGCAUCAAAUGAAUGGCAAGGGCGAAAUUCUCUGGACAGAAAGUCACUACACACACUAUUUAAAAAUAAGCGUUCUAAUCCAUAUCAGCAAGUCAUAGCAACCCUAUCUGCGACUUUGGAACCAUUUGACGACGACAACUUAAUUCCAGCUUUUGGGUUUGGUGAUGUAACAACAAAAGCUACAAGUGUUUUUCCAUUUAAUAAGGAUGGAUUUCCUUGCAAAGGCUUUGAACGUGUCUUAGAACGGUAUGAAGCCAUAGUUAAAACUGUAGAACUUAGUGGGCCUACAAGUUUUGUUCCCAUCAUUGAGAAAGCAAUGGACAUUGUAAAAGAGAGUCAAUCCUAUCACAUAUUGGUUAUCAUUGCUGAUGGUCAAGUUGAGAAUGAAGAGGAUGAAGCAACCCGAAAAGCACUUGUUAAGGCAUCUUUUUUUCCACUUUCAAUUAUUGUAGUAGGUGUUGGUGAUGGACCAUGGAAUAAUAUGUACACGUAUGAUGAGAAACUACCAUCUAGACUGUUUGAUAAUUUUCAAUUUGUGGAUUACCAUGAUUGCAUUAGUAAAUCGAAUAAAUCUCCUGAACUGACAUUUGCUCUUCAUGCAUUAAUGGAGAUUCCUGAUCAGUAUAAAGCAAUAAAGAAUUUGGGUCUGAUUGAAGGUAAACAAACAUGUUUAAAGAAAUCAUCAAGAGGUCACAAUGCUAAAACAUGAAACAACGAAAUACAAGGCCUAACAUAUUUUUAUAAGAAUAACGUGAAGUUGAAAGUUUAGUAAAUUUGCUUUUUUGGUACAGAAGUAUACAUUCUUUUGUGACCAUUCUUAUUUUGUCAACAAUUAAAUGUGAUAAAAAAUCUACAUAAUAAGAUUUUGCUUCAAAUUCCACACUUUGUAAAUAGCUACGCAUGCACAAAAUGUGUCAAAUCUUUAAUUAUUUAUUUUAUUUAAUAAUAGAACAGCUUGUUCGUUUUUAGAAGUUUUUUAAUCUAUUUUUAGUUUUGUGCACCAACAUUUGUAUAUAGAAUCUACAUAGUAAAACUACUUUUUAUCCUGUGUAUUUUUUCAGCAUAAUUUGGU